CAAUGCUUGAUUUGUUUGUGGGAUUGAUCUUGUUGGCUGAGAAUAGCUUUCCGUGAUUGGUUAAUUUUUGUUUCUGUUGUUUAUUUAUUUAUUUAUUUUUGAUAAACAUGCAAUCAGUUGAUAACACAGUGCGGAUGGACCCAUAUUAAUAUUUAUUCUAUGCAUCUUUCAUACCUGUUGAUAUAGUAUAAUGGGUGUUUUUGUUUGUUUUAAAUCAUUGAGUUCUGCGUGAAAAUUUAGAGUGCAAAAUAUGUGAUCCCCAAUCUCCUUUUGAGAAUUUUGAACAAAUUAAUUAAGUAAUAGGUUGUAUUGUGUUUCGUUUAGUAAUAUGCAAUCACUGUCAGUUUUGAUUUUACUGUUCUGAGAGUUUGUUUUGCUCAAGAUUUAACUUGUGCUGAUUAGUUUUCUAACCUUAGUUUUAGGAAUGGAUUAUAAUGCUGGGUCACUGAUUGUAGCAGAUUCAUCAUAGGAUGAUGGAUAUGUUUGAGCUGCAUAAAACACCUUUCAAUCAACAUGAAAAAUAAGUGAAACUGUUGUUUGCUCUCAAUACAAUAGCGUUGUAGGGCUCUGAAUAUAUUGUAGGGAUGUCUGUUUGUACUUGCUUAUUUGUUGGUCCUAUCCAGGACUAAAUUAUUAGUAAAUGCAAUUAUUAUGGUGAUUGAUUACAAUAAAAUGAAGUAAAGAAAAGGAGUAAAAUGUGGUGAAAAAAAAGAAAGAAAAGUAAAUAUGCUACCCAUUCAAGAGCUAUUCCUUCAUCCAGCUAUGAGCAGAAGAAACAUGUUGUCUUAGGCGUUAUUGGUUGCUUCUAUAAAGGGACAAUUCAAAGGCUUACAUUGCUGAAGUUCACCUGUAAAGUUGAAAAGGAAUUAUUGGUUCCAUUGAUGGAUUCCUAUCAUACUGCAUAAGCUUGUUUCUGCUGCAGUGUUCUGCACGGUCUCUAAUAAAUGGAAGUGCAAAAUUCUGAACAUGGUCAUAUAAUUGAAGUGUGUGGAGAUGUGCAAGCUGCAGCAAUGAGUUUCACAGGGAGUAAGAUUUGUGGGGAAGCACCAUGUGGAUUUUCAGAUGCUAAAGCCAGUUCCAAAGAUGCCAAGGAACGGUCAGCAUCUAUGCGGAAACUUUUGAUUGCUGUUGUACUGUGUAUCAUUUUUAUGAGUGUGGAAGUCGUUGGAGGUAUUAAAGCCAACAGUCUUGCAAUUUUGACUGAUGCAGCUCAUCUAUUGUCCGAUGUGGCUGCAUUUGCAAUAUCUUUAUUCUCACUUUGGGCAUCAGGAUGGGAGGCAACACCACGUCAGUCAUACGGUUUCUUCAGAAUUGAAAUAUUGGGUGCUCUUGUUUCCAUACAGAUGAUAUGGCUUCUUGCUGGGAUCCUUGUUUAUGAAGCUAUUGCUAGAAUUAUCAAUGAUACUGGUGAAGUUCAGGGCUUUCUCAUGUUUGUAGUUUCUGCAUUUGGUUUGGUGGUUAAUAUUGCCAUGGCUCUCUUGUUGGGACACGAUCAUGGUCAUGGUCAUGGCCAUGGACAUGAUCAUGGACAUGGUGGACAUGUUCAUGGCCAUGGUGAUCAUGGUCAUAGCCAUGGUGGUCAUGAUGAAUUGCAUAACCAUGGUUUAACUGUUACCACCCAUCAUCACCAUCAUCAUCACAAUCAUCAUGAUGAGGGGGACUCUGAACAUCAUGAUCAUCAUGAUGAGGGGCACUCCAUAAAUGACCAUGAACACCAUCAUGAUCACAAAGCUGAUCACGCCGAGCCUCUACUGAAGAAAUGCUGUGAAGGUGAAAAGAAGCCAAAGGAUGAAGCUAAACAGAAGAAGCAACGGAAUAUUAACGUACAGGGGGCUUAUCUUCAUGUACUUGGGGAUUCCAUUCAGAGUGUUGGGGUGAUGAUUGGUGGGGCAAUUAUAUGGUAUAAGCCUGAAUGGAAGAUUAUUGAUCUGAUAUGUACCCUUGUAUUCUCUGCAAUUGUGUUGGUCACAACAAUCAGGAUGCUGCGGAACAUUCUGGAGGUUUUGAUGGAGAGCACACCCAGAGAAAUAGAUGCCACAAAGCUUGAGAAAGGUCUCUGUGAGAUGGAUGAGGUAGUUGCUAUCCAUGAGCUGCACAUUUGGGCCAUAACCGUAGGGAAAGUCUUAUUGGCUUGCCAUGUUAUAAUUAAGCCCGAUGCUGAUGCUGAUAUGGUACUGGACAAAGUUAUAGACUAUAUCAGGAGAGAGUACAAGAUCAGUCACGUGACUAUUCAGAUAGAACGCCAGUAGAUGCUGAGAGAGUUAUUGAUGAUAUAGGUAGCAUGUUGCAGUUGGUGGGUUUGGACGUGUCUUGAAAGUUUCAAAAAAAAUUUUCCUUCUAUAUAUUCAAGAUUGUGUCUGCUAUAUGGCUGGUUCUUUUAGUAUCUGUACAUUGCAGAGAGGAGAAUUGCUAUUUAGUAUAUCUCUUCGUGCAACAAUUUCAAUCUCUCUACAUUUGCCUUUAUUAUCAGUUGCUGAAAUAGAUCUUUUUUAUUCUUCUACA